AUGACGGGUUGCAGGGGAAAGCUGCUGGUGCUUGACACUCGGACAAUGGAGUUCUCAGUUGCUGACCUCCCACCUGAAGCGAGACGACAAUAUGUGGAUAUAGCCAUUGUGGAGGCAGGGGAAGGCAUCAUUGGGAUGUUUGUGCUUCCAAAUCACACAUCUGACCUCAGUUAUCUGAUUAGGCGAAACAAUGGUGGGAGUUCCAGCCAGUGGCGGUUGGAGAAGACAAUCCGACUGGAUUCUCGUUGGUGCAGAUUCACAAAUUCAACAGGGAGGCACUUGCUCUUGUUUCAUUCAGGAAGCUCAUUGCUCGAUAAAGGCACUUUCGCGCUGGACAUCAAGACAUUCCAGCUUGAGAAGGUGUUUGCAACACCUGGCACACCCAUGACAUAUGUAUAUAGCAACUUCCCACCAUCAUUGCUAUCGUCCCCAACAAUAUCGAGUGCUGCUUCAUAG